AGGCUGACUUACAGGGGUCACUGGCAAGGGUAUUUGGUAACGCGGCCCCGAUGUGAGCCAAUGGCGGGCGACAGCUGUGCGCAAGGCUGCGAUGGAGGGGCAACUUCCUUAAAUUUCACUGCGAGAAGCGACGCAACUCAUCCCCGCCACUGCAAUGAACAGCCGACCCGAACAGCGACCCUGAGUACCCUUGGCAUUCAUUUCCCCAAUCUUCAACACUAGAGGCACCGUAUUUUUCCUGGCUUGCGACUCCCCGGACAGAUCGAACCAUCUGUCUUUCCGUACGCGCGCCGAUCCGAGCCAUGGCGACCGGCAGCCCAGCCGAUGACUCCGCCAAGCUCCAGAUUCUCAAAGAUGCGCUGUACGACGAAAUCAGGCAACAUGGCUCAGAAACACGUCUCUUCACGCAGAGCGACCUUCUCGACCUUAACAUCAUUCCGCACAACGAUGUCAACCUCCUUCUUCGGGUAGUCCAAGGGCUCACGGACGAGAAGCUGCUGGUUGGCACAACAAACCACCAUGCCGGCCUGGCAUGGCGAUGGCGCAGCAGGGAGGAGGCAAAGAAGUACACCUCCCUGCCCAACGAUGAGACCGUCAUGGUCUACUCAAUAAUCGACGAGGCCGGCGCCGACGGCAUUUGGAACCGCACGAUCAAAAAUCGGCUCAACAUGCACGAGGCAGUGGUGAAGAGUUGCAUCAAGUUCCUGGAAUCCAAAGGCUACAUUGCGAGCAUGAAAAAUGUCGAACACCCGAACAAGAAGAUGUACAUCAAAGCCACCCUUAAACCCUCCGAACGCGCGACUGGCGGCCCCUGGUUCACCGAGGGCGAACUCGACACCGCUUUCAUCUCCGAGCUCGAGGGCAUCGUAUUCGAGUACAUCAAGACAAAGAGCGCCUACCGAGGAUCACAACCCCAUCCAGGGGGGAGUGCGCCCUCUUCCUCAAGCGGCGCGACCAAAGUCCCGAAAAGGGGCGCGGUCCUGGGCGGCGAGACCACCAGCCGCGGCACCAAACGCGCCGCAACCGAGAUCUCCACCGACGACGGCACCCCAGCACCCGCCGGCGCCGCAACCUCGCGCGGCAGCGGGAGCAGCGGCCAUACCAAGACCCGGGCCGUUUUCCUGCCCAUGCCGGCGGGCUACAAGCACUACCCGACGGUGGCGGAGAUCGCCAAGUUCAUCCACGACACGGGCAUCACGAACAACACGACGCUGAGCGAGGCGGACAUCCAGCAGCUGGUGGACGUGCUGACGUACGACGGCCUGAUCGAGCCGCCGCUCGGCAACGGCCUGACCGAGGCCCCGUGCGGGCGCUGUCCCGUGUUCGACCUGUGCGAGGAAGGCGCGCCGGUCAGUCCGAGUAACUGCGUCUACUUCCUGCAGUGGCUGGAGCUGGAGGAGGCACCGAAGGAGGUGGCUGUUCCGCCGCCGUGAGCGGCUCGUUUAAUAGCGCGUGAGGAAGUUUUGCACGAAAAUCGCCGAGGAUUAUACCCCUUUUCAUGAUUUGUACGAACCGGAGCUCGCGGCGUUGCUUGUCAUGGUCAUGAACCUAGAUUAAGCUAGUUGGGGGAUAAAAU